AAGGGAGGAGCGGCCAGGAGAGGCGGUGGGGUAGUGGGAAGAGGAGGACGAGGAAGCCCCGCAAGAGGACUGCUGCACCUGCAGCAGAACGGUGGGAAACUCUUAAGAAUGCUGUGGUCCGGCAAGGUUGCCAAGCCUAACAAAGACCGGAGGAAUUGUGAUUUUCUACCACAUCCCAGCAUCAGGAGACUCUAUGGGAUGAAAUAUUGCCAGUCAGAAGAAAGAUCAAAGUCAAAGUUCAAAGUACAGUUUUACUGAAGUUAUAUUAUUUUUGCAUCAUCAGUGAAUGAUCAAGACUACCACCCUAUCGGAGUCUGAGAGUGCCAACGUCUGUGGGACAAAACUGUAUACUAAGAGGUCCCUCAGGUGCCCAAAGGAUCUUGGCAUUUGCUGUCCACAAUACCUCAAGUCUCCACUCCUUGUGUCCUGGUACAAUGCACCUCAGUCAUCCCAGACAUGGCUCCAGUGGGCUCAGGUCAUUUUGAUGAUUUAUAAAGAAAAAAGACUGGACACUAACUUGCCUGCCGUAAAAAAUUCCAGCUCACAAAGUUAAGGACAAUGAAAUGACUCACAUCGCUUCUUCAACAUCAUACCAUCAUUUGUGCAUUGUUUAUCAAACAACAUCUGACCGUCAACAAUUUUUAUUAUGAAUGUAGAGAAUUACAGAGAAGUGCUGAAAAGAUGGUUUAGGACCCUGCAGAUUACUCUGAAGGAAGAGGAACACUUACUAAAAAACAUGAAAGAAAUAUUGAAAUCAGUUCUUAAAAAAUUGCAAGCCAGCCAUGCACAAAGAAGCCAUAGUGUGGAUUCACUAAGGAAACUACAAAACAUCUCAGUUACAAGGUAUUGCCUACUGUGCCAGAAACAAGGAAAAUGACUAAGAUAUCGGCCUGUCAGCCUACCAUACAUCAAAUAGAAGUACUUCUCUUUAAUUUUCAAGGUCCUCUUGCCUAGCAGAUGUAACCCUGCAGAUGACCCUGACAACCAAUGGCUACCAACAGAAAAAUAAGUCUGGGAAUCCUGGAUUGAUCCUCCACCACUGUGUAGGAAAGAGUUUAACUGCUGUCUUAUGGUGCCCACUUAACAAGAAGUAGCAGAAAAUUGGAAGAGUUAAUAAGACCUGAAAGGUACAAUAGAUAUUAUGAAAGGAAGAGAAACUUCUCGAAAGGAGAGAACAACUGGGAUGGGGAAAGGAGAGAAGAAGGAAGGUAAAUGUGUGUGUGUGUGUGUGUGUGUGUGUGUGUGUGUGUGUGUGUGUAUAUAUAUAUGAUAUCUAAAGUAAUUAUACCACUCAUUCUAUUAGUUCAUUGGCAAGAACACGUAGUGCUUAUAUUGUUUGAUCAAUUUUGCAUGCCUAUGUCUGGUAAUCUGAGCAACUAUUUUGAUAGCAACAAUAUGCAAUAUAAUAACCACUGUUAAUUUGAUAUCAUUGUGUUUUGAAAUUCUAUGUCAGUUUUAUUGUUUUUUUUAAAAAUUCUCUUUAAAAUAAGAAAAAAAGAGCACAGGGGCCAGGGAUAUACCUCAGUGGCACAGUGCCUGCCUGGUAAGUACAAGGUCCUGAGUUCAAUUCCCUGUACAAAAAGAAAAAAAACAAAGAUAAAAUUAUUUUAAAAAUAUAAAUGAGUAGAAUUCAAUAAUAUGUAAAAGAAUUAUACGUCAUGAUGAGUGAAAUUUAUCCAAGUAUAAAGAAAGCCACCUGGGUAAAUGUAAAAGCCAAUAUCUUUUCACUUUUUUGGAUUUUUAGCUCCUAUUUUCACCUGCUUAAUUAUAAAAAGUAAGUUAAUGAAGUAAAAAUUAUAAAUCUAUAUUAAUAGAGCUAUAUAAAUAAAGUGAAAAAUAAGGAAAUCAGAACAGUGAACUAAAACAACUCAAGAAUCAUUAAAAAGCAGUAACCAAAGCACUGAAGAAGAAUAAGUUUUAAAAUAUGAAGACAAAGCAAAGUGACAGAAAUAAACUUUUCUUUAUCAAUAAUUCCUUUAAAUGUAAAGGGAUUUAACUCUAUAUUAAAGUCAAAAUUAGCAAAAUGAAUUUAAAACUUGAUACAGUUUAGAAAUGCUGUCUAAAAGAGACCAACUUUAGAUCCAAAACUAUUGACACAUGAAACAAACUCUGUGAAUUUCCAGAGAUUUACGAUAAGUAAAAAAUGACAAUCCCCUCAAAAAACACACCUUAUUUUUAAAUUACAUGACACUCUUGAAAUGUCAAAAUUAUUGAAAUAGGGAACAGGUUCUUUGUUGUAAGAGGUUAAGUGGGUAUGUUCCUGAAGGGAAUGGAUGAAGCUGUAAAUGGCAACAUGAGGAAUUCUUAUGGGUAGAAUUGUUCCAUAUUUUGACUGUGUCAAGGUUAAUACCUUGGUUAUGAUACUAUAUUGCAGUUUUAUAACAUGUUACUACUGAAGAAAUCUGUGUGAGACGAGCAUGGGAUCUUUAUUACUUUUUGCAGCUUCAUGUAAAUCUAUAGCUCUUUUUUUCUAUUGCUCUCUUAAAAUAAAAAUAUUAUUUAAAAAUCAAAAUGUACAGAAAGAAUCCUGGAUGACAGUAUAUAGUCUCUGGGAUAGGAAUAUCUUGGCCUUUAUUUUUGCUUUGAUAUGUAAAAGAUUUUUAAAGUUUGUCUUAUGUAAACUGUUAUUGUGUGAUUUUUUGGGUGUUAUUUCUAUAGAUAAAUGUGGAAAUUAUGGAAAUAAUUAUCCUUUCCUCGCUUUUUGUCUGUUUCUUUUCACAAGACUCCCAUUCCCUUAAGCAAUCUCCCCAAAAGAUUCCCACCUCCACUCCACCCUAUCCCCACCCGCAUUUUACAUUUUACCUUUACACUCCAGUCUACCUACCUAGUAACAGGGAUCAAAGCCUUACAUGAAGGAUAGGGUCUGUGAAUGGAUUUCAGGUUUUAAUCUAGGUAAAAGGACAAGGCUAAGACUUGGAGGAUUAAUGAGGAGGGCACAAAGGUCUUUGCUACAUCCCCAAUAAAGUACACAAUGUAACACUGGAAAUCCUGGAAAUUCUUAUUUUGCACUCCCCUACAAAGCUUUAAAAAUGAAACCAAAAAUAGGAAUCUGCAUCCCUUUUCUUUUCUAACAAUGCUGAUUCUUGUCUUCUGAGGAGUAAAUAUCUUUGUUUGUCCUAAACAAUAAAUGAAUGCCUCAAAAUCAUUUGAAAAUAACAAGUUUUGCUCUUGAUUAUUUUUUUAAAUUCUACUUCCUUACAUAAUUCUGAAAGUGUACAAUGUGUUUCAGUUUUAAAUGAGAACUUCUGGCUUGGAAACUUGAAGGAAUUGGUUGAUUGAUUGGAGGAAGAUUUCAGUUAAAGUUCUAGCAUUUUAUUUUAGAAAUCCAAUGUGCUAUUCUUGAAAAAUUUAAAGAUAUGUAAAAUUUGAACAUUUUCAGUAACAUGUGCAACCAUCAUUUAGAUUCUACAAUUUAUAUUUUAUUGAAUUUGCUUUAUCAUUUACUUAACUAUUAUUGUUAUGGUUUAUGUUUAGAUGUCUCCCCAAAGCCUUAGCCAUAGGUGGGGCUUUUUCAGAUGAGGCUGGACCUAGAGUGUGUGAUUCUGGAAUUGAUUCAUAGUGCAAUGCUAUGCUUGAGGGCACUAGGAUUAAGGGUGUGAGUUUGCCUGCCCUAAAGUAGUAGGGAUAAGAUAAAAAGGGGCAGAAAGACGCAGUUAAGGUCCUUUGUGCCCACCAUGAACUGCUUCUUCUCUGUGAAGCCUGUCUGCCAUGUCACCCUGGACUGAAAGCCGUACAAUAGACCCUUCUUCCUUGAAUUUUGGAUGGGUGUUGCGUAUUUUGUCUCAGCAAUGAAAGACAAGAAACUAAAACAAUUAUUAGCCCAUGCUAUAUAUUCAUUUUCAGUUCAUUUUCUUUCACUGCAGACUUUAAUGUACUUCUCUCUAACCACAUUGCUAUGCACACUGUUGGUCAGAAUUCAGUAACUGACUUUUCCCUCUGAUGUGAAAUUUACAUACAACAAACUACACAAAACUUAAUGUAGUACAUUGACUGAGUUGACAUUUAUAUUCACCUGUUAAUCCACAUCUCAAUCAAGUUGUAGAAAAUUAUUAUCUCCAUUACGAAUUUCCCUCAUGCUCCUUCCUGAUCAUUCCCAACUCCCAUCACCUUGCAGUGGUGAAUAGCAUUCUGAUGUUUUUACAUUAUAGCAUAGUUUUUUUCUAUCCUAGAAUUUCGUGACAGAAUAAGUCGGUAUGUGCUCAUUGUAAAGACUUCUUUUACUCAGCAUAAUACACUUGACAGUCAUCCAUGUUUUGUGCAUCAAUAAUAGUCUCUCUAUUGUUUAAUUUUUAUUGCAUGAGUAUAUCAUAGUUUAUUCGUUGUCCUGUUGAUAGAUACUUGCUCUGUUUUCAGGGUUUUUUUGUUAUUAUGAAUAGAAGUUUUAUCAUUUUUGUGUUCAUUAAUUUGAGGAAAUACUGUAAGGUAGUGAUGGUGUAUCUUUUAGAGCUUUUAAUAAUAACAAACAACCCACUGUGAAUGUGUGCAAUUGGUUCACCACUGCAGCUAAGGUACUUUAGUUGCACAACUAGAAAACGAAGAUGGAGAAUAUGGUUAUUACUCACACUGUGGCCUGUGAUUGUGGGUUAGUAGGGGUGGGUUCUUUGAGAUGAUAUCAGGCUCUAACCUCUCUUAGCCCAACAUAAAACAAUGCCAAUGUCAUUGGCUACAGUUCCUGCCAACUCAUAAAUUAUCAUGUUGGAGCAUCCCUAAUUGCUUCGAAAAAUUGUUUUCAGUGUUUAAUUUAACCUUUCAAAUCUCAAGUGAGUUGAUUUUUUUUCUAAUUGUCCACUAGUGUUACCGUAGUGUGACCUUCCACUAUGUUUAGUGUAGACAAAGGCAGUAGACUUCAUUCAGCAUCUCCAGUUCCAUCCUUGGCUGUCCUCAUUACUUUCUCCUCACUGGUACAAAAUACCCAACACCCACAAUUUAAAAGAGGAGAGUUUUAUUUUGGCUCAUGUUUUCAGUACAUGGCCGGCUGUCUCCAUAACAGAAGUGGCAUGGUGGAAGAGCCUGGGUGGGGGCAGCUACUCAAUCCAUGGCAGCCAGGAAGCAGAGAGAGAAGGAAGGAGCCAAGGAGGAUACCUUCUUCCCAGUCAUACUCCCAAUGACCCACCCCCAACCAGGCUCCACCUCCUAAAAGCACAUUUUACUACUACACUCAGCAAUAGUUGAAUCCACAGGUAAGUAUACUGUCUUCUUGAACCAGUCACCUCGCCCACACAGGAAAAUCUGGGGGGAAAUUCUCAGUAUAAACCAUAAUAUUGGUUACUUCUUAUGAUAAAUUACUGUGUGAUUGUCUUACUUUUUUAAUUUUUAGAAUUUUAAUGAAGUAAAAUUGACUUGGAAUCUUAUAGUUACAGGAAUUUUAACAUUGUAUUUGAGUUUGUAUUUUAACAGGAAAGUAUGAAUUAUCCACAUAUCAUCAGUCCAGUCUGGUUCAGUUCUGUUUGCUGUCUUUGAGUAAUUAUUGGCAGAUACAAUCUGGGCACAACUUUCCUAGAAAUCACACUGUUUUUGGCAAGCUGCUGCCUUCAGAAACUAUGCUACCAUCAGCAAAUGGCAAAUGGGUAGCAAUGUCCUUGGACAAAUAGAACAGGGUGUUGUAAAGAAGAGAUAAGACAGAACAGAACUUUUCAGCACCAGAAUACCUGAUAACAUCUAUACAUCGGCACCACCAUUCUGAGAACCUGGACCACAGAUGUUUGCUGAAACUCCUCGCAUGUCUGAUUCCCUCCAUGGUGCCCCUUCUCAGGUCCUAUAAAAAUCCUGCUUUGAUUUGUUUGAAACUGAUGGCCUUCUCGCCCUCAGUCUGCCUCUACCCUGGUAAAAUAAAUCUUGUGCUCCAUUGCCUUUACUGAGGCCUACUCAGAUGAUCGCCAAUGAUCUCUUAUUUGUGCCAUUUUAUUUUGUGAAUUGUACAUGACUGACAGACGAAACUUGUCUUAUUCAUUAAAGUUUUCAUUGGAUUUCUUUCUGUGGAAAAACCACUUUUUCAAUUUACCUAUGUAAUUGUAUACCUUUUUCUUUUUUUCUUUCUUUCUUUCUUUCUUUUUCUUUUUUGUCUUUUUCAUUUUUAUUGGUACCAGGGAUUGAACUCACAACUGCCUGCUUGCAAGGCAGGAACUUAUGCCGCUGAGCUAAAUCCCCAGCCCCUACCUUUUUCACUUUUACUCUGAAUCAGUUGUAACAUCUGUUUAUAUUCUUUGUAUGACUAAAAUAAAUCUUUAAUGUUGUUCAUUUUUAGAUCUAUAGAACCUAUGAUUUUACCAUUUUUUCAAAAUUAUAUUUUUCAAAUAAUCUGAAGAAACAAAAGUCUUGCUGAAUUUUAUGAUCAUGAGAUCAUACCUCUUCUUAGUCAUAUUUAAUCACAGGGAUCUGCUUCAUCAAAUUUAGCAUAAAAAUAGAAUUUUCCCUAGGUCUUUGGGUCCUAAUUUCUGAAGGCAUUUGUGCAUGCCAAAUUUAUUAAAGAAAUUCAUAUGCUUUUCUUCUGUUAAUCUGUCUUUCUCAGUUUUGUUCUUAGGCCAGAAAGCAACCCUACGAGGUUUGAGGGCAACUUCCUCACCACAGCAGGAGUCAUCGCUGAUUCUAGAUUCUAUAAGUCAUCACUGAUUUGAGGAUGAUCUGGUGACUUCCUUUGAGAUGUAUCCAAUACCAGGGAUCGAACUCACGAUGGCGUGCUUGCAAGGCAGGUGCUUAUGCCGCUGAGCUAAAUCUUCAGCCCCUGUACCAGGUCUCUGAGGUUCCACCAAAAUAUGGAACUUGAUUUUGGACACUUUGACGAAAGAGAUAAGGCAUCCAGGAACAUGCGAGGCUCACGGAUGAAUGGGCUGCCCAGCCCCACUCACAGUGCCCACUGUAGCUUCUACCGAACCAGAACCUUGCAGGCACUGAGCAAUGAGAAGAAGGCCAAGAAGGUACGUUUCUACCGCAAUGGGGACCGCUACUUCAAGGGGAUUGUAUACGCUGUGUCCUCUGACCGUUUUCGCAGCUUCGACGCUUUGCUGGCGGACCUGACUCGAUCUCUGUCUGACAACAUCAACCUGCCUCAGGGAGUGCGUUAUAUUUACACCAUUGAUGGAUCCAGGAAGAUCGGAAGCAUGGAUGAGCUAGAGGAAGGGGAAAGCUAUGUCUGUUCCUCAGACAACUUCUUUAAAAAGGUGGAGUACACCAAGAAUGUCAACCCCAACUGGUCUGUCAAUGUAAAGACAUCUGCCAAUAUGAAAGCUCCUCAGUCCCUGGCUAGCAGCAACAGUGCCCAGGCUAGAGAGAAUAAGGACUUUGUGCGCCCCAAGCUGGUGACCAUCAUCCGUAGUGGGGUGAAGCCUAGGAAGGCCGUGCGUGUGCUUCUGAACAAGAAGACGGCUCACUCUUUUGAGCAAGUUCUCACUGACAUCACUGAAGCCAUCAAACUAGAGACCGGAGUAGUCAAAAAACUCUACACUCUGGAUGGAAAGCAGGUAACCUGUCUCCAUGAUUUCUUUGGUGAUGAUGAUGUGUUUAUUGCCUGUGGUCCUGAAAAAUUUCGCUAUGCUCAAGAUGACUUUUCUCUGGAUGAAAAUGAAUGCCGAGUCAUGAAAGGAAACCCAUCAGCCACAGCUGGCCCAAAGGCCUCCCCAACACCUCAGAAAAAUUCAGCCAAGAGUCCUGGUCCUAUGCGCAGAAGCAAGUCUCCAGCUGACUCAGCAAACGGAACCUCCAGCAGCCAGCUCUCUACCCCCAAGUCUAAGCAGUCUCCCAUCUCUACGCCCACCAGUCCUGGCAGCCUCCGGAAGCACAAGGAUCUGUACCUGCCUCUGUCCUUGGAUGACUCAGACUCACUUGGUGAUUCCAUGUGAAAGGAGAGAGAGUGUAUUCAAUCCAGUGUGCAAAUCCAAGCCUACCAAGACAGUAGGGUACUUUCGCUCGAGUAUCCAACAGGGCUAUUGGUGCUUUUAAAAUUUUAUUUGUUGUUGUUGUUAUUUUACAAAACACACUGUAGUAUGUUGGAUUUAUUUUCCUGUGAUUUCUCCUCUGGGCCACUGAUCCACAGUUACCAGUUAUGAGAGAGAGAGAUUGAUAACCAUUCUUUGGUAUCUUUCCAGGGAUGCAAAAAUGUGCUAGUCCAUGACCUUUCUACUGAAUGAUUAGACAUGUUCAUUGUCUUUGUUUGGUCAUACCCUACUGACUUCCUUCUGUAGAGGGCUAUUUACCUGCAUAGCACUUAAAAUGUUUGUAUAAGAAAAAAAUCAUUGGCAGAUCCAAGAGUGACAAACACAAGUACCCCUUGUCUCUGGAACUUAAAAAUGCUGGAGGAUUUCAGGAGGAUGGCAUGGUAGCUCCCCAACCUUGCUAUUCACUUCUGACUGAGCUCCAAUUUGUUGGCUAGCCCCAACUCUGGCUUGUCCAAGGGGAGAAACACCAGCAACUUAUUGUGGCACCAGAUACUUGGGGCCAUGAUGCAGGGUUAGCUGAAAGAGGUGAGGCAGGAUUGGGAAAUGCAGAUAUUUCAGUAGAGUUUGUAAAGCACAGUGAAUUCCUGAUCAAUCUCUUCACUAGGGCAAUUUUGGAAUCAAUAGACAAUUGAUGAGUCUGGGGUAAAGGAUGUCAUAUACCUGAUUCCUCUAGGAGGCUGUCUAAUAACAUAGCAACUUAUUACAUGAACUUUAUGGUAUCCAUCUCUCACUGUUCUAUUGAAUGCCUUGUAAACAGCCAAUAUUGAAAACACUGUGAGAAUAUGUUUUCAGGUCUGACAUCUUUCAGUCGCUUUUUAUAGCAAGAAACCAGUAUCCUUUUUAUAUAAACUCAUGACUGUAUUUCAGGAGCAAACUCUUCAGGCUCCUUUUUUAUAAACUGGUGAUUUUUCCUUUGUCUAAAAAACACAUGCAGAAAAUUUACCAAAAAAAAAAAAAAAAACCCAGAAGAAUAAUGUAGUUUAGAAAUCAUGCUGUCACUGCCAAACAGAAACCUCCAGGAGAAAAUAAACUAAAUAGCAGAGAGGCCAAUUCAAUAGAAUCAAUCUUUUGAUAGCUUUUUAAGAGUUAUGCUUACAUUAAUAAUUUCAAUGUGGACCAGACAUUCUUAUAUUUUCAAUGAAAUGUUAUGACAUAUUUUAAGCAACUCUUUUAUCUAUAAUCCUAAUAUUUCAUACUGAAGAUACAGAAUCCUUUCACUUGUCUUUAACAUUAGAAAGGAUUCCUUCUUAUUAAGGACUGAUCUUUUGAAAUAGUUCUCAGUCUUUGAGGUACAGGUUCAUACCACUGCUUUUUGUCUGUAAUCAUAGCCCAUAAUGGUAAAGACAACUAAAUUUAGGUAAAAGUCAUGCAUGCCAAUUCUGUGUCUACUUUUAGCAGAUAUAAAAGAUUUCCUUUAUUUCUUUGUAAUUGUUCAGAUAUUUUGAAAGAUGCAACAUUCAAAGCCAGGCUCUUGUUUGGCUACUGAAUGACUUACAAUUGUCCCUCCACUCUACAUGGAAUAAGCUUGAUCUCUGUGUGUGCGCGCAUGUGUGUGUGUAUCUGCAGCUGCUUCACAAUUAGGAAAUAUUCUAAGACAACCCAGCAUGGAUUGGUGGCAACUUGUUGGCAUUGCUGAUCUGCAAGUAAGAACACAGGGUGGUAAGAAUAGAUGCCCUCAAUAUGUUUCAGAUUUCCUCAGUGACCAGAGACACUUCUGGUUCAGAAGUUAAAUGAUGCUAACACUGGUUUCUGGUUAAACUGGUCAUUGGAGAACCCUAAAUUAUAAAGAUGUCCUUUUGCCUUCUCCUUUAUUUGUAGGCACAUUUAAAACCAUUAGUCCUAUUUUACUCAGCAAUUCUUUCUUUCUAGAAGCUCAGGGUUUUGUAGUCCCUGCCAGAACAGUUUGUAGUUAAUUAGGAAAAAGUGAUACUUGGGAUUGGGGGUAAAAGAUCUAUUUUUAAACUUUAGGUAAGACCCUCUACAGAAAACCCUCUGCCAAUGGUCUUUCUCAAGAUCUCAUUUAACUCCUUACAUUUAUUUGGACAUGAGGAAAUGGAGACAUGGGCAAGGUAAUGACCUGCUAGGAUGGUUGGGCCACAAGAAAAAUCCAGGCUUUAUUAUGCCCAGAUUCCACACUAGUUUUCUGAGCAUUUUCUUGCUUGUGGCACAUGUAUCACUAGAAAAUCCUAAAUGGAUCUUAUUUCUUUAGAAUAAUCUUUGAUCCAAUACUAUUCUGUACCAAUAAGUACAACUUCCAUUUUUCUUUUGAUCGGUUACCAAGAAAUAUUUCUGUACUGCCUCUUCAUAUGGGCUCAGCAUAACUCAAAAUUCAAGUCUACAGCAAUUAUAUUUUUAACUGGCCAAUUUAUAGGGCAAAUUUUUGUGUAUAAUUGAGCUCUUUCACCUCUAUUAUUCAUUACCACUUUUACUCAAUCCAAUUUUACCACACCUGUCUCAUCAUGUUGACUUUUGCAUGGUCAGGAAACAAAUCAGCAAGCAUUUGCCACUACUCCCUAUAACUUCUCCCUUCCUGUGAAUACACUUCAGAUACGCACACAUACACAUACAUACACACACACACACACACACACACACACACACACACACACCAUCUGUUGCUUGUUCCUACCUCCUGAGUUUUCUUCCUUACAGAACUAGAAAUAGGGACAAAGAAGGGGAAAUGUAUAUAUAUGAGGGCUGGGCUGAACAAGUAACUUCAUAAGUAGUGUUAACUAGGGGUAAAUUGAGAGAAAAGCUCUUUUUCUCUUCAUUGUUUUGGAAAGGAUAGCCAUUAGCAUGACUGCUUUGUGUCCUUAUGGACUUUAGUAUUAGCCUAGACUGAAGCGUAUAGUUUUCUAGCUGGAAGGAACCUUAAAAAUAAAACAUCUACUUCAAAUUCCUCAUUUGCAGGCCAGGAAAUGGAGAUGCAGAGGUAAAAUAACUACUUCAGGGUCACACAGUUGGCCAAGGACAGGGCUGGGAUUAGAACCCACAUCGUUUUCCUCUUAUUCCAAAGCCUUUUCCCGCUAACCAGUGUUGCCUUCCACUGGGCUCCUGAGAAUUCUUUCCCAGGAUAAUAUUACAUCUUGGAGCCAUAUGUUGCUGUCCCAAUCUCAGUGGACAAUUCACCCAACAAGCUAAUAUGGUCCUUUCUCUGUACAUUCACUUGAUUUUCAUCUACACAGGCUGAAGAUGUCCUCAGAGAGGGAAGAAAUAGUAGGAACAAUGAUCCAUCUAGUUCAGGGAUCGUUGUCCCACCUGGAGGUGCCCCUCAACAGAUCCUAAUUCCUGUCUCUGUCAAAAUGUUAUGGAAGACUAGUUAUCCCUCUCAGCUCACCUCAUGUCAUCUCAUACUUGUUGGUCUUCCCAGGCUACAGAGAAGUUUGUUUCCAAAACAGGGAAAGCAGAAAGAAUAACAUUUUUGUUCUUGACUUUCUGUAAUGGCUUUUGAACAUUUGUUUAAAAACUAGGGUGGCUACCAUUCCUACUGGCAAUGAUUUCUUUUAAAAUAUGUAAGACCAGUUAGAUAGAAUACUUAGUCUUACUAUGGUUGCCUUCAUUCAUGGAGUCCCUAUAGCCAUCUUGCCCUAAUGGGGACAAUUUCCACAUAUAAGCAAGGGUUUAUGUGUAAAAUGUACCCUGGCUGAUGUUAAACAUUGGCUUCUUGUGUUUGCACUAAAAUAGCAAGCAGUGUGCUCUUCACACCAUACACUUUUUCUUGUGUACACUUCUGUGGCCUUCUGUGUCAGAAACCAGGGCAACCAAAGUCUUAGCAUAGAUUUUUCUCUACAGCAAGUCUCUUCUCUGGAUCUAAGAGAUAUCAUUAAUUGAAUUCUAAGAGACCUACUAGUCUUUCUCCAUACCCCAGAUAUUUCUUUCAGUUUCCUGCUUCUUCUCCCCAGUCAGAAGUAACUAAAGAAUUUUAAAGUGGAUGUCCAGCUAUCUCUCAGAUUUCUACUUAAAAUCACCUCAUCCAAGCUUUAGACUAGCAAUUCAGUGCUUGUCUUGGUCUAUACUGGGUCUUCAUCUAUAAUCUCUAAAAUACAGUAUCUAGAUAUAUACCCAAUCCUUCUCAGAUUUGAUUCUAAAUGGAAUUUCUUUACUUUUACACACACACACACACACACACACACACACACACACACACCUCCCUGAGAUGGGUGAAUAAGCAUGUCCAUAUCUUCCAAAUGAGCUCCAGUACAGUGUUGGGAAUGUUUCAAAGAAUCGCUCCAUCUCAGAAACAACUAAACAACUAUGUCAAGAUUCCCCUGGACAAAAAUCACUGGGACAGCAAGAUUUGAGUGACCUUCUCCCUCUCCUUUUUUCAAAGGCAAGGAAGGAAGGAAAGAAGAGUAACUGUAAUCCAUUCUCGGUCACAUGGGGCCACUUGAUCUAUGGCUAAGUCUCACUCAUGUUUUGCCAUCACUGAAUUAAGAGAUUUGGAUAUUAGGCUCAGACUGAUUUUUUAAGUAAACUAUUUGUGGUUCAGAGCUCAUCUGGGGCAAAGAAGGGACUGGCAUCCUAUGUAUUAGGACAUAGAACCCAAAGAGGCAAAGAUUAAGUCUUGGUCUAGCCACUGAUGGUAUGUUACGCAUGAUCUCUUUCAUAGCAAUAGAAUUUUGAAAUGGAGACUCUCUUGGGUCUCUUGUAUGGAGCUGAGAAGUUGUCAUAUCCCUAACUGCCCUUUGGGGCAGCCCUGUCUACUGCUGUGUGGCCCCAAUGUGAGUUUUCUUUUUCUUUGCUGACUUGACAACCUGGAGCAAGAACAGUUCACUGAUUCUUCAUGCCUGCCUUUUGGCUGGAGAGGGAUUAGUUUCUCUGGCGUUUGGUGGCCUAUACCAUGGAUUGCUCUUUGUUAGUCCUUAGAAGUGCUGUUAUGUAGUAAAAUAAUACGAGUUAUAUCUUUAAAAUGGAUACACAAUUUUAUUCUUCCUCUGGCUAACAGUCCUUACUUUAGUAGCCAAGACACAAAUGUGGGGAGGAAAAUGCAUUUCUAAAACAACAGAGCACUAACUCCAGGAGAAACCUACUAUGGACUGGGGCUCUCAGCAGCUUCUAGCUCCUUUUACUUUUUCUCACCAGAGACGAGCACACAUUUUCGCUAUAAGCCUGUCUUUCCGUAUGUCUGAUUGAAGACUAUAUACCAUCUCAUUCCUCCAGAAAAAGGUGCCUUCCCAUUCUGUCUCCCCUACCCUGGGCCCCAAAGCUCGCUUUCAUCCUCAGAGUUCUAAGGUGAUCUUUACACCCAGCCACUUGGUGAUACUUCCUGCUUGUUUUCCUUGUUUAGGAUCUAUGCAGACCUCAAACUUUGGCCAAACUAAGUGCAACAUUUGGCUCACUUUUUUGAUAAGACUAAUUUUGUAUCCUUGAUUCACUUCAGCUUCUUCUGGAAUUAAAGGUAUUUUUUUCUUACCUUGAAUACGGGGGUAAGGGAGUAUAGAACUCCUUUUGGAACGAAAGCAUCUUCCUGUUCCUGAUUAGAAAGGCAGAUUAGUUGGGAGAGGUCAGAUGGCACAAAAGAAGUCAGAACAAACAGCUUGUAAACUAAGGUAGACUUGAAGGCACAGGAAUGUACUAUUUCUGGAAAAUAACCCAAGGGAAUAAUGGCUUUGUGCCACUCUACCUCUGAAGUAUCUCUUUUCUUUCUCUAUCUAGUUCCUUAUAAUUGUUCUCUGCUAUACUCUGUGUUACCACUCUCUUUCCAUAGUACAGACAUGAACUCUUUGUUCUAUGCAAUUCUUCUCUUUUAUUAUCUCUUUUAAUUGUACCCCUGUCUCUUUGCCUUGGCAGAGUAUGUGCUUCUUCUUAACUUGUGAUUCUGUCUCGGGAUUGAUGAAAAUUUAUUGUCAGACUCAACCCACCCUGUUGCUACCCCAUUCAAGGGUAAUCAAUUAAAUCCUGGCCCUUUCUUGUUUUCCAUUUUCCAUCUCAGCAUAUUUUCUCAACCAUUUCCUUGAAGCUCAUGUAUCUUUAGAUUUUGGCCUUCCAGGCACUGUACAGAAUAUUCUGUGGUUCCUUUUUAGUCUGCCAUUUUGUGGAGCAAUGAAGGUGCUAGAAAUUGUCAGUUGAACAGAAAAAUCCACCGAUGGACUCAUACCAGCUAAAUACUAUUAUUUGAUUUUAUUUACUUUGCUCAUAGUUUAAACAGCUGCAAUAUAAUAUAAGGAGAGAACACAACUAAUUGCUCUUGUCAUUUGGAUUGGCUCAGUUGUGGGUGGGGGAAUAGAAGAUAUUUGUUUAAACUUUUACCACUACUUACUAAGUAAGAUCUCUGUAAUAACUGUAUAUGUUGAGCUUACCAGCUACUGAGUUUUUAAACAUAAAAUGAUCAGCAGUUGGGGUUUAUUUAAAUAAGAAGAGUAACCAAUCCAAACUAUAAAAAAAUUCACUUAAUUGCAAUGUAUUUUCCUUCAGUUAGGAUACUUACUUAAAAAUUUUACUUUUAACAGCAACUGUCCAUGAUCUUGCAUAGACAGUUUACAGAUGAGCAAUUAGUCUAAAGAAAGACUGUGUAGGUGCUAAUUUUACAACAGACUGUAUAACCCAUGAGAAUGUCUUUGUUUGGCAAUACUAUAUUGAAUGCCAAAAUUUCUAAUGACUUUUCAUUGCAAACUCUUCUAAAGGGAUUUGAGCAAGUAAGAGAUUAUGCCAAAUAGUCUCCAAUGUGUGGGCCUGUAAUAUAUUGCAGCUUAAAGCCAGUGAUCUCCUAUGACUUGUAUACAACUAAUGCAUGUUUUGAUUGACUUUUUGCAUUUCUCACGUGUGGUAACUUUUUAAAACAUUUUUGAUGUCAUUUUUGUGCCAUUAAACUUGUACAGAAAAUGCUGUUCUGGUCAUUUUCAAAGGGGGAAAGUUUAAAAUGGAAACAGCCCACCCUUUCUGCCCUAUACUGUAGUUAGACUUAAGUAACUGUAGCAAAAACAGUUGUAAUUGGUAGUUGUAGUGUUAGAAGUGUUAGCUUGCUAGUGACUAGCUUUGGAGAGUAAAUGCAUGGUAUUAUACAAUCACAUUUCUUAAAUAACUCAUUUUAACCUCUGAAAAGAAUGCAUUCUUCCUUGUGGCCCCUCUUCCCUAUCCCCUACCUAGUCCCACCCCCACCCCACUCCCAGGUAUCUUACAAUUCUAAAUAACUGACUAUGAGGCCAAUAAUUCCCACCAAGAAAAGUCAGCAAAGAACAAAUAAACCAAAAAUGGAAAAAAAAAGGCUUUUCUCGGCAGUCUCUCAACAGUUAUUGACUAUUUCUCAAGGAAUGACAUGACGAUCGAAGAUUCAGCUUCCCUUUGCAUAAAAAAAUCACUGGCAAAUCAGGAAUGUCUUUGGCCCUUGGAUUACAUUACAAAAUUGAAGAAUUAUCAGAAUUGCACAUAAUUCGAAGAUAAUAUACAAUGAUGUCCCAGAUCCUUGCCUUAGUUUUGAGGAAUUUGGAGACAUCAGCUUGAUCAAUGACCAAUAAUUAUUGGGAAAAAAAGAAAAGGAAAAGAGAAAAAUACAACUAAUACUUAGGGGGUUUAGUCACCCCUUUAGAAUAGCCAGAAAAGUGAGAACAUGAUGGAUUUAUGUGCAUCUCUGUGUUUCCUAGGCAAUGCCUAGCCUGCUCUUAGGCUGUGAUUCAAAGGCUAUAUUUUAAGCAGACAUUCUUCUUUUUGGUUUACUGUUUCCCCUUGUACUGGUGGGUUAGGUGAGGCCCAAGUAAAGUGAUUGGAGCAAACUCUUUUAUUUCUUGUGCCUGGUACAUUCCCCUACCCCUUCCCCCUCCAUAAUUUGAUGAGGGCUCUUUGGUCAGAGGACUUCCAGGUUGUCUAGAGAAAUUAGCCAUUUGUGUAAAGUGUUGUGAACUGUGAAUGCUGCAGAUCUGCAGUGUUCAACACUGGGCAGUCAAAGAACUGCUCUUGCGAUCAUUUUGGCUCUUAAGCUGUGUUCUCCAUAGCAUUCUCAUUUCUGUGUACAUUUGCAAGAUAUAUGUAAUGUCAUUUUCCAAAAAUAAAAACUUGAUUUCAAUA